UGCUACUACAUUCGAAAAUCAAAACUAAGUCAUUCUUUACUGCAACUUCACCAUGUCAAAACCUGCCAUCGGCUUUGUGGGCCUAGGAGCCAUGGGCUUCGGCAUGGCCACUCAUCUUGUCCAGGAGGGUUAUCCCGUCCAUGGAUUUGAUGUAUCCCCCGCCUCUGUACAGCGCUUCCAAGCAGCCGGGGGCAUCCCCGCUUCAUCUUUGCGGGAAUCUGCAGAGGGGAAGUCAUUUUACGUGUGCAUGGUUGCCUCUGCGCCUCAGGUACAAUCAGUAUUAUUUGACGAUGCAGGCAUUGUACAAUACCUGCCCCAGAAUGCGACCCUCCUACUUUGUUCUACAGUCCCCGCCUCCUACGCCCAGUCCGUCGCCGCAGAACUUCAAUCCCGCGGCCGCGGUGAUAUCCUCUUCAUCGACAGCCCCGUCUCAGGUGGCGCGAAGCGCGCCGCUGAUGGGACGCUCUCCAUCAUGGCAGGCGGUACAGAGGAGGCACUCGCAAGCGGUCGGGAUCUGUUACAGGCCAUGUCCGCCCCCAGCAAAUUGUACCUCGUGCCAGGUGGCGUCGGAGCAGGAAGUAACAUGAAGAUGGUACACCAGGUUCUAGCAGCGAUUCACAUCCUCGGGGCCAGUGAGGCGAUGGGACUGGCAGCGCAGUUGGGUCUAGACGCUCGACAGACAGCAGGCCAGAUCAUCAGGUCUGAUGCAUGGACGUGGAUGCACGAGAAUCGGUUCCCGCGCAUGGUAGAGGAGGACUGGAAUCCUGGGGCCAGCGCGUUGACGAUCAUUUUGAAGGAUGCGGGUAUUAUCACUACGUCUGCUCGUCAACACCGGUUCCCGACGCCCCUCUGUACUACGGCCGAGCAGAUCUAUCUCUCUUCCCUACUACAGGGCUACGGGCCUAAGGAUGACUCGGCUAUGGUGCGCCAGUAUUACCCUUCUCCUAUCGCUUCUGUGACCGCAUCGACAGAGGACCCAAGCGAUGCGCUGCAACUUGUGUUGGAUUUAAUGCUCGGUGUCAACCUCGUGGCUGCUGCAGAGGCCAUUGCUUUCGCGCGGUAUCUCAAGGUAGAUCUCGCACAAUUUUAUGACCUUGUUAGCGCGGCAGCAGGCGGCAGUAAGAUCUUCAACACCAAGGGGCUGGAAAUGAUCCAGGGGCAGAUUGCAGAGAAGGCACCGACAGGAUCGCAGACUAUCGAUGAAGUCAUUUCAAAAUUAGAGACUGUUGUACAAAAGGCGAGAGACCUUCAUUGCCCGUUGCAUUUGGGCAACGCGGCGCUGAAUGUGCUUUUCACAGCUAGGAGGGCUGGGUUGGGAAGAGAGGGUGCGACCAGUGUGAUCAAGGUAUUUGGACAGGAGUAAAGAG